GAGCCUGGUGAGGGCAAAGGGGGAGAACUGGGUGAAGGGGAGGAGCCUAUGAUUGAUGACAUCACCUCCACAGCAGAGAAGAGGAGAGAAGUGUGGUGCAUGGCUCACCAAACAGAUGACAGAAACCUUCUUUCAACCCAAGACGGAUACAGCACAUCUGAGGUUUUGAUCGUAACCUCCAACGGGUCUCCUCCGGACUGUGUCCACACCAACGGGCUGCUGGGGCUGGACCUGCACUCCACACCGCAGUACAAACCAAGCCAACCAGGGCCAGAUCUGGGGAGUGUGUAUGAGGUGGUGGUUGUGCAGGGUGAAGGUUUGAAAGAGGAGAUGGAUGCAGGGGCGAUGGCGUGGGCGACUGCGCCAGGGGAAGGAAUGGCGCGAGCUAAUGCGGUGGUCACGGCCUUCAGGUUCAUCAUGAAGCAAAGCUACAUCUGUGCUCUCAUUGCAAUGAUGGCGUGGAGUAUCACUUAUGUCAGCUGGCUGACCUUUGUGUUUCUCAUCUGGUCCUGCACGCUGUGGAUGGUGCGCGACCGCCGUCGGUACACCAUGACCACCUCCCCCUUCAUGGUGUUCUAUGGGAACCUGUUGAUCAUCCUACAGUACAUCUGGAGCUUUGAGCUCCUCCAACCCGUGCCCGGGCUUUUCUUAAAGAAAGAGGUGCCCUUCCGGGAACUGGGCUCCAAGGUGCUGUGCCUGCUGAGUUUCUGGCUGCUGCUGAGACAGGCGUUGACAGAGAGGAAGGAGAGCCAGAGAGAAGAGGAGGUGCUGUCGGACAUCAGGGUCAUCCAUACCCACAAGAAUGAGGACAAGGAGGUGAUGGGUGAGAGCGGUGGACACAGAGAGAUGAUGCAGGUGCUAGGCAACACGCUCAUGGCCAUGUUGAACAAGUACUGGAUCUACAUCUGCGGCGGCAUGUUCUUCUUCGUCAGCUUCGAGGGACGCAUCGUCAUGUACAAGAUCAUCUACAUGAUGCUGCUCCUCUUCUGCGUGGCCUGCUACCAGGUGCACUAUGAGUGGUGGAGAAGCAUGCUGAAGUACUUCUGGAUGUCUGUGGUGUUCUACACCAUGCUGGUCCUCAUCCUGGUCUACACCUUCCAGUUUGACUCCUCCAUCCACGUCUGGUUCAACAUGACCGGCAUGAGCAAGGACAAACUGGAGGACCUGGGUCUGGAGAAGUUCUCUGUCCCGGCUCUGUUCACGAGGAUCUUCAUCCCCACCUCCUUCCUGUUGGUCUGCAUCCUCCACCUGCACUACUUCCACCAGCGCUUCCUCCUGCUCACUGACAUCAAGACGGUGGCCGACAAACAGAAAAGCACGAUUACCAGGCUGGUGCACCUAGAUGGCAGUCUGGCAGAUAUCUCUCUCAUCAAACCCACCCUCACUGUGACCACCAAAGACGAGGAGGCUGGGGAGAAGGUGCAGCUGGAAGAGGAAGAUGGGAAGGAGGAGGAGGAGGAGAAGAAGAGAAGUUAUGAGGAGGAGGAAGAGGAGGAGGAGAAGAGGUAUGAAGAACCCCUGGAGCACUGCAGCAAGGCGGAGUUCCUGUUCGACGAGAUGUCAG